GUUUGACCAGAGAAAUUUUACUUGUAAGGCUAUGAUGUAAUUUAUUGAGAUUUUGGAUCUGUAAAUACGCAAGCUGCAAGAAAAAAUCAUGUUUUUCUAUUGUUUAAAUUCAUAGCAGCUUAAUUCUUUGCUUUAACUGCUCCUUGGUGUAGAAAAAAUCUCCCAUUAGGAGACUUUGGUUUUCUCGGGAAGAAGCUAUUGGUAUUAGAGUUAACCAUUAUUGACUAUUAUAUUUUGGGCAUUGCGAAAAGUUGCGAAGGAGCUUCAGAGGAUAUGGAAUUCAUUACAGGAGUGCAGAACGAUAAUAGUUCUGAUGAGAUUCAUGUGCUCGCUGUGGAUGAUAGUAUUGUGGAUCAAAAAGUUAUAGAGAAGCUGUUGAAGACCUCUUCUUACAAAGUGACCACAGUUGAUAGUGGAAGAAAAGCUCUGGAGUUCCUCGGAUUAAGUGAUGACUACAAUGCUGUAAAUGACAAAACUGAAUUGAAGGUGAAUAUGAUAAUCACAGACUACUGUAUGCCAGGAAUGACAGGCUACGAAUUGCUCAAGAGAAUUAAGCAGCAAUCUGAGCUGAAGGAGAUUCCAGUGGUUAUGAUGUCAUCGGAGAAUGAGCCUUCUCGGAUAAGAAGAUGUAUGGACGAAGGAGCAGAAGAUUUCAUAUUGAAGCCUGUGAAGAUGUCAGAUGUAAGAAGAUUAAAAGAGCUACGAGGGAAGGUGUUACCUGGGAAGCAUACAGAAUUGGUUCGUAAAUAGAGUAUGUGAAUUGUACAAAAAAUUCUCAAAGAAACCAGAAGUUCUGCAAGAAUUUAUCCAGAGGAAACCCAUUCGCAAUAAACAAACCAUGCAUGCAAUGUUUGCAAGCUUUUCCAAAGGCCAGAUCGUUAAUAAACAUCAAACCCAUUCUGGUAGAGGAAUUUGCUGCUCCCUGGCUGGUUUGUUUAUGCUUUCCUAUCAGUUCAUUUCCUUGAAUUAUGGGCAUUAACUUUAUGAAAUAAUAUAUUGCAAUUUGACAGAUUUUGUUGCUUCUCAUGCCUACACUACACAUUUUUGCAACCAAUUUAAAAAAGAAGUGUCCCGCAAAUGCGUGAAAGCAUUUUGGCGAAUGGAAUGAUAUGAUGUUAGUGUGGACAAGAUUUUUCUUGUUUCCAGUUUGAAUGGCUUAGAUUGAUCUUGUAAUGAAUUUCUUCCUUCAUUUA